CUCGGUGUUCACUUUAACCAUCACUAACAUUAUCACUUCCAGCUCCAUCUCUACACUUGACGAUAGCUCACCUCAAUUCAGGCCCCAAUGAACGGCUUCCGCCACCUCGCCCGCGAAGCAGCCGGCCUCCCUGCCUCCAACCUCGACCUCGACCGCAACCUCGACCCCGAAACCUGGCCGCCUAUACUCUCCUUCAACAACUCCUUCCAACCCGAACCGCCCCUCCAGGAGUUCGGCAUCGUCUCCCGGUCCGAUGGCACCUUUUCGUCCUGGGGUAUCUCCACCAUCCCCCAAUCUCUCCUCAAAACUCGUGCCGGCGAGGAAUUACUCACGAAGCCGGUGCCGCUUUUACCCCUUUCCACCUCCACCCCUUCCGGCUCCUCUACCUCCUCCCGCCCUGGCUCUGACUCCGGCCCUCGACCCCCCUUGGCUUCCAGGCCCCCAUCAGCUUCCAGCACCACCACGAACGAAUGCAGCACCACCACCCCCUCCCCCCAACCCCAGCCCCACGCCUUCCUCCGCCUCCUCCAAAUCUCCCACUCCCCCCGGCACGCCCUCCUCAUCAACCCCCACCACCUCCUCCUCCUCUUCCACCUCCUCGACCUCGAUCCCCACGCUCUCUACCUCUACCACACCCACACGUCCGGCUUCCACAUACUCAAAUGCGGCCCUGCUGCUUCCACUUCAAAACUCGCUCCUCUCGAUGGACAGGUAUUGAGGUUUUACUUGCACUCGAACGACGUCACGACCAUCUGGUCAUAUAAUGUCACGAGACGAGUGACUUUGGGGGUUUGUCUUGUGGAUGAGAGGAUGGGACACAAGUUUGCGGUUGUCAAGCAUCAUGUUUGGGGGUUCAGGGGGGUGUUGGCGAGUCCGGUGGGGGUGGUGGUGGCGGAUGUGGCGAGGGGGUGUGUUUGGAGGGGUGAGGGGGAGAUUGGCACCUCGAUGAUGGAAAGUGAUGGGUUGCUGCCUUGUCAAGGGGGGAAGGAGAAGGGGAGGGAGGUGGAACGGGAAGAAGGGGCAAGGGCUUCGGAUAAGAUUUAUACGGACUCGAUGGAGCUGUCGCCGGUGUUGAUGGAGACGCUGUCGAGACGGUGUCGAGUGUUGGGGAGGGUGGUUACGAAGGCGCAGGAGGCGAAGUCGUCGCUUAGACUGGCUUUGGGGAUAGCUAGACAGAUUACUGGCAGGAAACUUUGGCGGAAACUAAUCACCGAUGCCGAGGCCGUCGAUCCUGUUACAGAGGAAGCGAACGCCCAAAUACGUCUUGUCGUUCGCGAACUGAUCAUCCCCCAGCUCAAAGCUCGUAUCUUUGGCUGGACUUGUCGCCAGAAAGAGGCGAUAGUCUGGACCAACGUGCUUAUGGCGAGGAUCUCGCGUACCGACGCAUCUACAAACCACCGGGAGGCCUCCUCUAUGCGUGUCAUAGCCGUCAUGACCAUGGCGUUUUUGCCGGCGACGUUUUUUGCUACGCUUUUUGCGCUGCCGGCUUUCAAGUGGGAAGCUGUUGAUGGUUAUGACCCUCCGGGUCGAGGGGGGGGAAGAGGCGGAGGUGGAGGUGGUGGCAGAGGAGGAGGAGAUGGGGUUAUUCAAAAGAGUUUCUGGAUCUGGGUGGCGUUUUCGGUGCCCAUGACGGUGGUGGUGUUUCUAGUUUGUAGUGUUACAAGCUCAACGUGGUGGCUGGAAUGGCGGAAGGACUGGUGGAGGAGGCUGCGGCCUAAGAGACGGAGGUGACUUGCUAUGUAGGACUGUGUGAACACUCAACCGUAUAAAGCCUUUACGUUCUUGAAAUAUCUCGAUAUGGGCAAGAUACCGCUUCACAUGCUCCAGACCACACUUCCGCUAUCACUUUUCCCAAUGUGUCAAAUGUAGACGCCAUGUCGGUGUCCAACGAAAGUGCACCCUAUAGCCAAAUUAGCGUCAUGUUCGGAAGCAUAUCCCUCGC